AUGGCCGUGGAUGCGGCGCAACGCAAGCGGGAGCUGCUGCAGUCCGUUGAGGAGUGCUCCGCCGCGCUGGAGCUAGAGCUCGGCGGCGGCAAAGCCGCCUUGCUGCGGCGCCGGGGGGAGAAGCGCAGGAAGCUCGGCGACCUGCCUCAGGCAGUGGCUGACUUUAAUGCUGCGCUGACAGUGGACCCCCACUAUGUUUUGGCGCUCGCGGGGCGGGGGGCGGCGCUGCGCUGCCAGGGCAAGCUGGUGGAGGCUGCUGCGGACUGCAACCGGGCGGUGGAGCUGGAGCCCUUCAACGGCCAGGUGCUGUUGGGCCGGGCCUUGGUUCUGAGGGACCAGGGUCGCCUCCGCGAGGCCAGGAAAACCAACAAAAUCGAGAAGCAACUGUCGUGCUCCACUUUGGGCUCCCAGCACGGCCAACAGAGACGGCAGAGCAGCGGUGCAGCCAUGUUCUUUGCCUUGACUGGAACGGACACUGGGGAUGACGAGGCUCCAAAGGACACCAUUGCCCAUCGGUUUUGCGCCUUCGCCAUGAAGACGCUCAACGAAGACAUGGACCCACUCUUUGAACGGUUCUUGCCGCUCUUUGAUCAGGACCGUUUGGAGCUGGCCCAGCAAGGGGAAACCCAUGAGCAGUAUGCUGCCUACCGGGAAUAUGUUGCGACCCUUGAGGAGAAUGUGUCCAACUUCGCUUUGCAGGAAGGGUACAGCCCCGGGGAUGCUAGCAACUUCCUUCGCGAGCUGCAGCAGGCCGUGGAAGAGGACAAGGUGCGGGCGGAGAAGCAGGUCGAGGCCUUCUUGAUGCACAUGGAGCAGCAACGCAAGCAAAAGAUGGGAGAUGCCCCGCCCUUGGACGAAGGGGAGGUGCAGCUGAUGAGGAAACUGUUCAGACCGCAGACGGUGGAUGACCUCAUGCAGAUGCUGCUGCACAUGACAGAGUACACAGCCUUUAGCAGUCUCAUGCGGGCCAAGGUGCAGCAGCAGAAGUUCAUGAGGGAGCUUGAGCGCCGGAAGAAGGAGCUGAUGAUGGGCGAGAUGGGCUUAGCACAUCGGUUUAUCAGCUUUGCCAUGAAGCUGUUGAACGACGACUUGCAGGAGUUCUACAGCCGAUGCCUGCCUAUCUUCGACCAGGAGGCAGCAGAUCUGCAAAACCACGGUCACACCCAUGAGCAGCAUGCGGCCUUUCAAGAGUACACAUCGAUGAUCGAAGCCCGCCUGUUGGAAUUUUGCCACCAGGAAGGCUUCGGUCAGGAUGCCCAAGCCUUGUUCAACGAGCUGCAGCGGCUGUUGCAAAAGGACCAGCAGCAUGUGGCUGAGCAUCUCCAGAGGGUGCUGGCAGACGUGGAGCGGAGAAAGGCGGAGCUGCGAAGCCGAGCUCAGGACGAGGGCGAGACGGAACAGCCGCUGGUCCUGAUCUGCAAGCCAGCAGCCCUGAGCGACCUGAUGAACUCGCUGAUCCAACAGUUGGAGUACCAAAGCUUCAGUGCUUCAAUGCGGUACCGUGUGGAGCAGGGCCGCCUUAUGAAAGCCAUCAUGGCCGACUUGGCCAAGCCUGCAGGCGAGCUACCACCACCCCCAGGUGACUUGGAGGUGGUGGACGUGGAAGAGGAGUGCCAAUCCCGCCCUGCGAUUGGAACCAUGUCCCUCACGGUGCCUGAAGGAUGCGAGGUUGGCUCUCAGAUGAGCAUUACGGGCCCGGACGGCCAGCCGCUGUGCGUCACGGUGCCUGGGGGCCUCUCGCCUGGCAUGGCUUUUGAGGUACCGUGCUGCGGCUACUCAAGCGGCUACUCCGUCCGAGGCGACGUCCCGCCCGCCACCACGAGCUAUUGA